AUGGUCGCGUUUAUCGUAGGCAACAGCCAUCCCGCCAUCCCCGUUUCCGCCAUCCCCACUUCCAGAGAUUACUCCGCCGGUUCCGCCGCCGUCACUGCCGCCACCGCCAGUGCCGCCGCAGUUUCCGUCAAUUCUGCCGCCUCCGCAACCUGCGGCUGCGCAAGCAGGUCGUGCAAGCCGACAAAUUUAGACCGAACGGAUGGAGAGCAGGUUUCGAAUCCUAGCCGUCCGACCACUUGUUGUAGAACCGACGGUCGAGAUGUAGCUAAACGGACGGAGCUGAUUCCAGGCUUGCCUGAUGACGUGGCAGUAAAAUGCCUCGCGCGAGUGUUGAUCGUCUGCCACCACAGCUGCAGGGCUGUAUCCCGCACGUGGCACGCUCUCUUCUCAUCGCCGCUCCUCUUUUCCGCCCGGCGAAUCGAGGGGCGGCAGGAGCAGCUGCUCGCGCUCUUCCACGGCGAUCCCUCUGUUUCGGGUGGCUGGCUGCUGCACCAAUCACAGCGCGACACCUGUCCCACAUCCAACCAAUCACAACUCACAGGUCCCUCACCCUCAUCCAACCAAUCACGCAGCGCCACGUGGCGCCGCCGGCGCAUCCCUCCCAUGACCCCCACACUCAACACCUACGGGCUGUCGGGGUUCGGCCUGGCUGCUGCUGACACGUGUCUCUUUCUGAUUGGCGGAACAGUUUUCGACGCCACCGCCUAUCCAUCCGAUCGACCCGUACCCACGUCCGGAGUGUUCUCGUUUGAUUCUAUCUCCAACCAGUGGCGCCAGUGUGCUUCUAUGGCUCAGCCUCGAGCCUCUUUUGCCGCUGCCUCCCUCCCUUCUCAUCCUCCUCGCCUUUCUUCCAACAUCAACAGCAGCAGCAGCGGCGGCGGCGGCAGCUGCAGCAGCAGCAGGAACAGCAAAAUUACAGGUUUGUCGGUUAGUAGGGUUGGCGGAUCAGUGGUGGCAGGGGAAAUGGAGUGCACGGGAAGUAGGGGAGCGGUUCUAGUGGCAGGGGGGGAGUCACAGCCCGGCCCCUGCCAUGGCUGGCAGCCGCUGAGUGGUAUGACGUGGCAAGUGACACGUGGCAUCCUCUCCCGCCACUGCCAGAGGCCAGAGGGGGUUGUGUGGGUGCACUUGUGUCUUUGUCUGCUGGCGACUGUGACAGUAGGGGGGGCAGAGGUGACAGCGGCAGGGGCAGGUGUGACAGCAGGGGGGGCCAAUGUGACAGUACCAAGGGUACCAGCAGGAGUGGUGGGUGCUGCGGCUCCGGUCCGGCAAAUCCGAGCCUUCCUCCCCUCCGCUCGUGCAUGGGUCUCAAACCCCUCCAACACCUCAAAUCCAUCAGACGUUUCAAAUCCGUCAAACGCGGCAAUGCUGAAUUCAAACCCUGCAGCAGCUGCUAGUGGUGAGCAGGUUUCGACACUGUCGUCAGCUGCUGGUGAGUCUGGGUUGAACCUCGCAGCACCAGCAGCAGCAGCAGCAGCAGCAGCAGCAGCAGCAGCAGAGGCGGUGAGGGGGGUGUGCUUGCCGGUGGAGCGGCGCACUGCAGGCCCGGUGGCAGUGCUGCAAGGGCGCCUGUACAUGCUCGCUGGCGCCUUCCCCCCCAGCAGCACGCCUACUGCCCCAGGACUAACACGUGGAGGACUGAACCGCUGGUUGCUGUGCUUCAAGGGGUGA